AGCACGGGGUGUGGUUUCACCUGACAUUCAUUGUUAGUAGAUGCUGCAUUUCCAUCCUGGUUGGACAAGCAAAUCAAUAUAACAAGAAGCUAUGUUUCCAUUUCUAAGAAGAAGAAGGUGGAGCAUAAAGUCCUGCCUAAAAGGUAACUAUUCCACCUGACGACAGUCACUGGCAAGUCUUGAUGAAAGUAUGCACGGUCUCUAACUUUCAUUACUGCAAGCAUCUGGAUAUUCUCCACCAAAACUCACAGGACUAGGACAACUCUGGACAGAGAGGUACAGACUUCUUAGGGUCGCACUUUGUUUUAUUCAUUUUCUUUACUUAGUAAGUAAAUGCUGCAGAAACCAACUAAACGUGUAAUCGUGUUACAAAUCAUGUAACACUGGAAAUUUAGGUUGGUGUGUGUAUUGCUGGAAUGAAUACCACUGCAAGAGAAAGCAUUCCCUGGUGCACCUUGGUACUGAGCUGAGAACGGUACAUGCUUCCUGAGUCGCCAGGGUCUCCAGGAAUCAGCCAUACCGUCAAAAUGCUGGCCAUUAUAGAGCAAUGGGAGGUGGGGUCUGGCUGUCAUACAGACAACUCUGAGAAAUAUCUGUUACUUAUCCUCUUCAAGUUGGGACUGGACAUAAUGGUUUUUUACUUAUGUUGUUGGAAGCCGUCUGCCUCCUUUUUAAACAUGUGCAGCCAGUCCGUCAUCAUGGCUGACACGGUGAUGGCGUUUUCUUUGGCGAGUGUGUGGUAUCUCGGAGCUGAAAGGUCUCCUGUGUCAACCUGCUUCCUCUUGGCUCAUGCUUCAGCGACAUAUGGAGCACUGCCGCUGCCCAUGAUGUUCCUUGGUUUACUGGACUACUGUUUACAAGAUACCUACCGCUGCAACCAGAGCGCCAUCUUCAGAUGCCCAAGAAACGCAGUCUUGAUUGUGCUGGGGUGGAUGCUAGCUGUCCUUUACUCCUUUGGUUCUGUCAAAAACGAGCUGAUUGAAGUGGAUUUAACAACGGAGACAAAGGCUCUUGUGUGCGAAGUAGAGGAGUCUACACUGAUUACCUACUUUAUUUUGGUUCUUUUCAUGGUAGUACUUUGUGUAAUGCUGCCCUUUUGGUCAAGUAUUCCUCAGUGGCUGAAAGAGGCUGACACGUUAGCUAAAAUGAGGGAAGAACAAGAGAAUCAGAGGAACGACUUGUUCAUCUCAACCCAGUGCACAGAGACAAAAAUCAGUGAGGGGUAUUAUCUGGAGGAGAUCAUCAGGCCACCCCCUUCUCUGUGGCUCAGUCUAAUGCUGGGCUUCGGUAUGUUUUGGAUGCCUUAUCUAGCUAUGUCUGUUAUCUGUCAGGUCUUUGGCUUCGGAGUACCUGCCUACAUCACUUUCAACCUUCUGUGGUUGGAGUGUGCCAACAGUUUAAUAAUGGGUGUGUUGUUCUGGGCAAAGGCCAACACACUAGGGCCAGACAGAAACAUACCAAAAAAUGUGUGCUUAUGGCACAUUUACUGGUAUUUGAGCAAAAGAACACAACAGCAACAACAACAACAACGCCCUAUAGCUGUGUUAAAGCCAUCAAAAGACAACGCUCUCCUCCAUGUGUAACAUGCAAAAGUCAAUGAAGACUUUAUGGAAAUGAGUGAGCAUUUUUGAAUGGUCCUGGACACAGAAAUGCAUCUCCCACCAAUGCAUCAGCACAUGCAGAAAUGCUUUUGAGCAAAGAAUUGCACUGCUAAAUGUUACAAGAGAGAAAAGGUGUUGCUGAAAGCUGUGGUGAUUAGGUUAAGCUUUUGUCAAUAUUUACAGAAAUGAUACUUUUCUAUUUCCUACAUGUGUAUGUUUGUCACGCAGCAAUUGUCAAAGAUAAUUACAGACUUGAGGAAAAUGCUAUGACGACUGUGGUAUGGGUUUUAAAAUGCUUUUCAAUA